UUAUCUCUAUAAAUUCCUGGUUCUUCAGCAUUAUCUUUUCCAUCAUUCAACUCUUUAUCAAGAAAAUUAAACUCACUACUCCAACCAAAAUGGAGAAAACCUCUUUGCAGUUUAUUGACCUCAACUCCAAACCCAUGCACAACCCUUCGGAAACUUCGCAUGAUGAGCUGAUUCAGGAGCUGAGCAGGAUGAAAUGGGAGAACAAGAAGCUCAACGAAAUCCUCGCCGUUGUUUGCAGAAACUACCAUGAUUUCACCAAAAUCGAUUGCGUAGAGGAGCUCUACGCCUCGAGGAAAAGAAAAUCCGACCAGCUGCAAAGCUCCGGCCACAUUUUCCGCGGCUGCUGCGGCGGCGGGGAAUGCUCGCCGCCGGGCAGGCCGAGGGAGAUUAAGUCGAAUACCUCGCGAGUCCACGUGCGAAUCGAUCCGUCGGAUACAAGCCUCGUUGUGAAAGAUGGAUAUCAAUGGAGAAAAUAUGGGCAAAAAGUGACUAGGGAUAAUCCCUCUCCAAGAGCUUACUAUAAGUGCUCCUUAUCCCCAUCUUGCCCAGUCAAGAAGAAGGUGCAAAGAAGCGCCGGCGAUCCAUCUCUUUUAGUUGCGAUUUACGAAGGGCAGCACAACCACCACCCCUCCGGUGCUGAAAUACCGGCGGCGACGGCGGCGGCGGCGGCGGAGGCCCCUGCAGCGGCAGCAAACAGUACUUAUCUGAGUGAUCCGACAAUAUGUAGUCGAAUUGAAAAUGAGGAGAGUGAAAUUCAGCAGGUUUUGGUUGAGCAGAUGGCGUCUUCGUUGACGAGAAAUCACAGCUUCACGGCGGCACUGGUGGCCGCCAUAACCGGCAGAAUAUUGGACGACGGAUCCGAGGAAAACGAUGACAGUUACUCCAUCUCAAGAGUGAUUUCUGAGUAGAAAUUAUCAAUUUGAUCAGUAUUUUUUUUUUUUUUUUUUUUUUUUGGGGGGCGAACGUUGCGAUUAUGGUUGAGAUCUAACUUUGGAUCAUUUUCAGUGCUUGUGAUUAAUAAAAUAAAAAUGAUGUUUUUUUUUUUUUCCUCA